GGCUUGAGCAAUAGAAUUAUUUUAUUUACUUUUAUUGGUUCCCUAUUCUAUGUCGACGCAAUUGUAUUUGUAAUUAAUCAGAAUGUGACUAAUGUUCGUUAUAAAAUUGAAAACGGAUGGACUUUUUAUAGUUUGAUCUAUGUUGAUUUCGUCAAACGUGAUGGGGUGCUUACAUAGUAAGAAGGAAGUUUCCGAGUUGCAUCCAAACGUUUUUCGGGUGGUAAACAUAGACGAGAACGGGCUGGACCUGUGCUCGGGGCAGCUGGAGAUAACCGACACGGAUAUCAUUCUGUACAGGGAGGGGAGAGACUCCACAGUUUGGCCUUUGCACUCUCUUCGAAGAUAUGGAUUUGAAGGAGAGAUAUUCAGUUUUGAAUCAGGAAGAAGAUGCGAGACAGGAGAGGGUAUAUACGGAUUUAAAUGUCGCAGAGCGUCCCUGCUCUUCCGGACGCUGCAGCAACACAUACAGCUGCGGAACGUGAUCCACGACUCGGUGCCGUACCCCGCGACGCGGCUGGCCGGCUCGCCCGCGCCCGCGCGCCAGACGCUGCAGGCCAGCGUCGUGCACCGCUCCUCCAUCGACAACUCCGUCGACGCCGCGCCCGCGCUCGCCGCCGCGCCGCGCCCGCGCCCGCGCCGCGCCUCGCCGCGCACUCGCCCCGCUCCCCCUCCAGCGUCGACAUCCUCGAGGUCAUGCCCCUCUACCCCCGCACGCAAGCCCCCACCAACCACGUCACCAACGUCUACCAAGUCCGCGACUUUAAGAGGGAACACAACAACAACCAGGCGGAAGCUACGGCCGAAGUGCGACACGUGUACAGCAACGACUUAAACAGAGAUCUCGCGAUACUCAGAAACACGCUACGGCAGGAAACCGUCAUAAACACUAUGAGAGACAUCGAGGACGAGACGCGAUUCCUCGAGAGUAGAUAUCUAAACGACAAUAAUCCAGAAAUAGAGCAAGCGACGCCGCUGUCGCCGACUUUCAGCAGCAGUAGCGAGCACUACGCGCAGCUCAGUAUAGAACAGCAGGAAUCCGCCCGAUUAUACAUGAAUUUAGUCCCCUGCGAUGUCCCAGACGCGAAUAAGAACGAGGGCCCGCCGUCGACGCCGGUGACCCCUAAACAGGCGGAGUACUGUACUUUUUUACCUGUUAGCAAACCCGAGGUGAACAGUUACGCGAACUUAGCCCUCAGUGAUAAAAACUCUAAAAUGCUGCGCUUCAACCCUCCAACCGCGGAGCACAGUCAGAAGUUUUCCGAAUCUGAUACGUUUCCAUCGUUAUCGCCGGUCGAGGAGCUGGAAGUGAACUACGCGGUGCUGGAUAUAGACGGGAACAAGGAGGUGAGGCCGCGCGAGUUCGCGUCGCCGGAGAGUCAGUCGUACAACAGCUCUAGGAACGAGAGCAGCGCGUCGUGCGCGUCGCAGGGGCGCGCGCGGCUCGUGUCGCAGGGCAGCGUGGAGCGCGGCGCGGGCGCGGGCGCGUGCGCGGGAGCGGGCGCGGGCGCGGCGCCCGGCGUGGGCUACACCACCAUCGACUUCGACAAGACCGUGGCGCUCACGUCCGUGGCGGCCGGCGACGUCGACGACGGCGCGCGCAAGCGCCACGACUCCACCAGUCCCAGCGGCACCGACAAGCCUAAGCUAAGUUUCGGUUAAAUUUAUUCCGUAUUCUGAAUCAAACGACUAAAAGUUUCAAAAUUAAAAUUGAAGUCCAAGAAGAGGCUCAGUCAGAUAUCGAAGCAUAAUAUCAAUUAUAAAUGGUGAUACCCAAUAACUAGGUUAUGGACAGAAGGUAUUGCAUUUGUUCGGGUAGGUUUAGCUAAAGAUCUACCCUCUUGCCGAUUUUACCAUAAGAGUUUGCCAAAUACAUAUAUUAUUCAAGUACCUCUGUUGCCAAAUGUAUAGGUAUAAGUAUUGUUCAGUACAAUAAUUUUCCGUUUACCUAAUUGCAUAUAUUUUUAUAUGAACAUAUUGGCAGAUAAUGGCAGAUAUAAUCACGUAGAAAUAUGGUUGAAUAGUUAAAAAUACAACAUACAGUCAGUUGUAAGAGUUGCUAAGAGAGCGAUUUAUCUAAAUACCUAAAUACUACCGCGAACCACGUUCGACGUGUUGCCUCCCUGACAUUCUUACGUACGAAUUUACAAGUGCGACAGAGAAGCAACACGUCGAACUGGGCUUGCGGAAUGACCCGGAGCGGGGAUCGAGCAAUAUUCACGGUAUACGAUCUACGCACAAAUGUGUUAUACGCUCAAUAAUAUGUACUCCCGCAUAUAAACAGUUUAAACAUCUAUCUCUAUCGCACUUAUAAUUGGGGUGGGGUAGGAGAGCGCCAUAGAUACAUUGCUUGACUGUGUCACGAUUAGUAAUGGGGCGUAGGCCGUAGAGAAUUCCCGGACCGGAAAUGUUUGAGUAAGGUAGCGGGAAUUUCCCAUUAUAAUUUCCUAGAUUUCCAGUAAUAUAUGUAUUUUUGAAGGGGAACUUCUAAAGCGCCUUUCAACUGACAGCAUUAAACGUUUAACGCUCAGUGUUACUCGAAUUUUGAAAUAACCCUUCAUAUUUUCAUUUCCGUUUCACUAUUUUUUUCUUUCGGCGGACAUUUAAUUGAAUCAUACUGGAACAGAUGCAGUUAUUUUGAGGCAUUAAGACCCCAUAGCAAUAACGCACUAGCUGCAGUUCACAAUACAAGCAAGCUCAGAGAGUUUAAUAGGUACAUACGUUUUACCAAAAUAGAGACUUCCAUUUGUCGUGACGUGAAUUGGUUCCUUUUGUCAACAACAAAAUGUGGACUAUUUUUCUAGAUAUAAUUUGAUGUAAAUACAUUAGUAUAUCAUAUUUCGAGGCUUUUUGCAACGUGCAUAGUAUUUGUAUUGUUCCUUUAUUUUAUAAAGAUAUUAAUAAUGACAUUUCGUACGUAGUUAUAAUUAAAUUAAUAACGCGGAUCUACAGAAUUCUAAAAGGGCAGCUUUUUUUAAUGUUUAUGUAUUUAAGCAAACGUGCAAUUUAUUUAAGAAUGCUAUAUUUAGUUACUACUAUAGAAACACCAUAAUUGUAAGUACUUGCUCGGAAUAUUCAGUAUAUUCCUGACACCUGCAUGUGCGCCAAAGCAUGCGCUAUCAAAAAGAAAAAAGCUACUAAAUAAUUAGAGUACACUUUAUUUAGGGAUAUGCAUUGUUAGUUACAUUAGUUAGUACAGUUAUUGAUGUAAGUUGUACAGUCUAUAGUUUAGUAAGGUAUAUUAGGGUAAUUCUGAAAGUCGUCUAAUUACAAAAGUCUCAUAAAAAUCACCAUUAUUUCCAUCAUAUAAAGAUUCCCCUUUCGGAAUUACCAGAGCAUUUCUGUCAUUCAGAAUUACCCUAAUGCACCUUAUAGGUAUUGUUAAACGAUGUACGUAUAUUCAUAAUUGCACAUACCAAAUUAUUGUAUAUUCGCAAUGUUGAUAAUGUGUUCAAUUUAUUUUUUGUCAUAAUAUUCUGUAAAAAAAGUACCGGGAAUCGGUAAAACAUUCCCGGUACUUUUUUGACAUAAUACAGUAGGUAAGUUUUUAAGUUGAUAUAAAUAAAAGGUACGAACAAGUAGAGAAAAAAUAGGAUUAUUGGUAAAGAAAACUUAAAAAUGUGACGUUUAGUUUAAAAAUGACACUGGCGCUAACGUCCCGGUCUAUUAUGUUGGAGCAUUGACAAUAAAGCGCCUAAUGUCUUUUUUAUACUGUCCUACACAAAUAUAAAUGUUUUAUAGAUUAGAGAAUUAAAUGUUACAUAUUACGUAAUUUGUUACAAAGUAGAGUCCCAAAGGGUAAGCAUGGGGUUACCUAUUUUCAAGUAAAAUAUAUUAGUCACAAAUUAAAUUAAAGCUUUUUCAGAAUUGAUCAUUCUAUGUGAUUUAAUUUAAAUUGCAUCAUAACUCGGGGCAUCUACUUAGCUAAAAAAACCGCACGCGGUGUGUUGAAAAGUAUAAACAGGUCUAUAACCUUUUUUGAAUGCAAAUAACAUGCACUUACGUUAUAAAUUAAUACAUCCAUAAAAUCGGACAGUUGGUAACCCUAAUCCAUACCUAGUAAGGGAGAGAUCAUGACUUGAUCACUUAGUACACUAGUUCGUUAAGUUGCAUCCCACUGCGGCAUUCAUUAGUAUAGGCACGAAUCUAAACUACGCACAGGACCGGAUUUCACCCUAGACCAACAACAGGUAUAGAGGCUC